AUGCCCGACGCAACCAAGGCCGCUCAUUACAUACAGCUACUGGACGAGGCUCGCUGCGAUGAUAACUGGGAUGCCGUGCCUGAGCUAAUCCGCAAGGUGCGGAAACACGCCCCAGACCGCACCUGCCUCACAUUAACCGCCGAGAUCGAGCAUGCCGUCGCAAAGGCCAACCUCAAGGGCCCCUCCGACCCCGGCAGUUCCUCAUCUCUCCCAGGCAUCGACCCUGCCCAGCAACUUCCCUCGCUCCUCACCGCGAUCGAGAACGAGAACAGAUACCCAGAGGACCGGUUCCAGGCCCGAGUAUGUGCUGGCUGGCUACUAUGGGUUGCACGCGACUAUGCUGGUGCUCUGAGCCGUCUGCCCCAGGGCAUUGACGACAGUGAUCAGAACAGUGUGGCAGGUGAGAGCGCGGCUCCGUCGUCUCCGGAAUGGACUAAGGUCUGCGGUCUCAAGGCUGCAUACCUCCGGGCCAAUUGUAUGGCUCGUGACGGUCAGCGUGAUGGCGCCCUUCUCGCCUUUGAGGCUGCCCUCCCUGGCCUGAGCAGUGUUUGGCAGGCUGGCCCGGCUGAGAGCCGUCAGCAGAUGCGCUACUGGGCCGAGCUGUUCUUGACCGAGUUCUGCAUGCUCGCAAGCCAGGCCCUAAGGGAAGGCGCUCUCUCGUUGACGGAUACAGACUGUUUGGCGUCUUUCCGAACCUGGGCGAGGUACUGGGCUGCUGGGAAGCAGAGUGUCGUUUCUCCAGGCGGCUAUGGGUUCCGUGGGAGCGUACCUCGGAGGAAGGUUUGGGCAGAAUAUUAUUUUGCUCUGUCCGAGAUUCUUCAAAGGGAUCUGCCCUUUCCGACUGGUUACUCGGCUGUGACCAAUGAAGGCUCUGCGAGAAGCCACCUCAGAGCUGAGCUCAAGAAGGUCGAAACUAUCUAUCAGGGCUUGCUCUUCUCCGAGACCCGCUUCCCCAGGGCUGACGAACAGAGGGCCGAAGUCGAAGAGUUUGUCCGCGCGAUGAUGGAGAACUGGGCCGUCCUCAAUGGACGCGGCUGGAAGGAGCACGACCUUGGGCCUGGUGGUAGGGAUGCGCUCUGCCGCAGCACCUUGGAUGCCCUCUAUGGUGCUGCGGCCAAGACGUACCAUUCAACUGCCAUUUUGCGCCAUAUGUUCAGGGUACACCUCGCUGUGGCUGAAUUUGACCUUGCCUUCAUGGCCUUCGAUUCCUGGUUCGAACUGGUCAAGAAGGGCAAAGCAAGAGUGCAGAAGACAGGUCAUCCGGAACCAGCCCUGGACUGCGAUGCAACUGUUCUCGAGACCAUUUCGGCUUGCAUCUCGGCACUUUGCAAGUAUGGAGGUAGGGAGGCUGCCGAGAAGGCCCGGAAGCUCGCAGAAGAGAUGGAGACACUGGUCCAGAAGUAUGAGAACCAAACUGCUACAGACGGUAAUCAGCAUUCACAAGAGCUUUCUCCACGUAUCCUCGCGUUGGCAUGGCAGUCGAUUGGUCUGGCGCAGGCCCAAUGGGCACGCAUGACGUAUGAGUCAGAGCAGCGCGCUUCCAUCCAAGAGAAGGCCAUCCAGUGUCUUCGUCGAUCUAUCUCCCCACAAUACGGAUCUGCGGUCGAUGUGAAGGCUGUGUUCACGUUAGGUGUCCUCUAUGCAGAACAGCGCAAGCUGUCUGCAGCUGUUGAGUUGGUCAAGACCUCUCUCCUAGCCGAGACCACGACUGUUGGCGAAAACCCAGAGUUGCGACUUGGUCCUUACUGGAAAGAGCGGUCACUCAUCCCUCUUUGGCACCUCCUGGCACUGCUGCUUAGCGCGAGACAAGAGUUCAUCAUGGCUGCCCGAGCCUGCGAAGGCGCAAUCGAGCAAUUCAAGGAUCCAUAUGUGCUAUUUGGAAGCAGAGGUAUCAAUGGCCCCUAUCGGAGCGAGCAUCUCAACGAAGCCGAAGCUUCGAAAGGGACCGAUGGCAUCGUGGAUGAGAUGGAUGACUUCGAGAAGGAAGGCAUUCUGCGGAUCAAGAUGACGCAGCUUGCCAUCCUUGAGUUGCUUGAAGGGCCCGAAGUUGCUGUGAACGCGAGCACUGAGCUCCUUUCUUUGUACCCGAGGUUAUUCGGGGAAGUAGAGCAGAAGCUGGAGCUCAGCACUAAACCCGAACCGCCCAAGACGGCUGCCACUGUCCGCACACACAGGAACAGCAUCUUUGGCAGUAAAGGCGACAAGUCCAGCCGGACAAGGCAGAACAGUGUCGCAACCACUUUCAACCACAACGAGCCGGGUCCCUCUCGUCCUCAGACUUCCCAUACCACGGCUACUACCACCUUGACAAUUCAGACGGCCAACGGUCAGGUGGCCGAUCCUUCCGCAAGCAACAGAUCAAUUUACGCUGAGAGCGGCAGGCGUCGCAGCCGCAACAGCCUGCGCAAGCGUGAUAGGAGUGCCAGCCGGGCUCGGGCUGUCAGUACUGCCAGUAGCGAGCCACCCGUGCCGCGACUCGAUUUCUCCGCCUUCGACGGCAAUCUCCCACAGUAUAAUCCUUCGGAAUCCCUUCGAUCACCCCCACCUAUGACUUCCCUGCCGCCCCCUCCGGUGCCGCAACAAGCCGACUCUAGCGCCAUCCGGGCGAGGUCGAGGUCGCGUUCGCGUGCCGCAACCAAUACCCACCAGGAUGAGCUCGCUGGUCUGCGUGUUGGACUGGUUGGAGCGUUCCCUCAGUUGCUUCCUCAUGUGCUUUUUUCACCUGACCAUAGUCGUCGGCGCAGGAAGGUUAUUCUUGUAAAGGUGUGGCUAACGAUCGCUGGUUUUUAUCGACGGGCUGAGCUGCUGGAGGAUGCUCAGAAGGCUAUUGCUGAGGCGCUGUUUGUUGCUGAGAGCCUGGAAAAAGAAGUGGUUAAUGAUGGGUCAGGGGAGUUGUCUGUCAAGCAGGCGGGAUGGGGCAUGGAGAAGAGUGUGGAUGAGGUGUUAGCUGACGUUUGGGCCGAGAUGGGCCAUUUGUCAGUGGCUCGUGGCAAGCUAUACCAAGCCCGUGCAGACUACGAAACGGCUUUGUCGCAUUUUCAAGAUCAUCCCGGUGCCAUCGUUGGGCUCUCCAAUAUCCUUUUGGAUAUUUAUACGGAAAAGCUGCUUCCGCCGCCCCCGGUAGAGGGCCUCGAUCUCAGCAGUUUGUCACUGACUGAGGAGGGCGCGGCUUCUUCUACACCGGCCAAGGCGACCGGCACUUUUGAAACGACGGCAAUAAAGACUCCUGAGCUACCAUCCAUCCCUCUCGGAUUGGCCCCGACAAAACCUAAGCCACGUCGCUCGACAUCAGCGUCGGCAGCAGCAGGAUCAUCCACCUCUGAUCACGCUAAACCGAAUGGCCACCCCCCGGAGCAAUAUGCUUCUCCUUCACAAACACAAUCCUCACUCCUGGGCCCACAACUGCCGCCACCACACCGAGCAACCUCUCUCCCACUCAACGACCGUCUCGCCGCGCGUGAUCGUGCCUACGGCUUGCUCUCAACACUUACGCGUCUUGGUACCGGAUGGAACAACUCCGAGGCAUGGCUUGCGCUGGCUCGGGCGUAUGAGGAGAGUGGACAGGUGGAUAAAGCGAGGGACGCGCUGUGGUGGUGUGUCGAGCUGGAGGAUGGUCGGGGAGUGAGGGAGUGGGGGGUUGUUGCUGGCGGGUCUGGGUAUGUUUUGUGA